AUGAAUGAACAGCUGAAAUUCAUCGUCGAGCAACUGAACAGGGAGCCAUUCAAGAAGACCUUAAACCUCAUCACGUUUGACUCUCUGGAACCGAUGCAGUUGCAGCAGGUUUUAAACGAUGUCCUGGCUGAAAUAGACCCAAAGCAAGCUAUAGACAUCCGUGAGGAAAUCCCUGAGCAGACGGUGAAGAGAGUGUGCGCUCUGCUCGGGAUGCUGAAAUACAAACCUCCAGGAAACUCUUCUGAUGUAAGCAGCUUCAGGCAGGGUCUGGUGACUGGCAGCAAACCUGUGAUUUACCCAAUCCUCCACUGGCUGCUGCAGAGGGUCCCCGAGCUGAAGAAGAGGGCUUACUUGGCUCGUUUCCUUGUUAAGCUCGAGGUGCCUGCAGAGUUUCUGCAGGAUGAUGUUAUCAGUGACACCUUCCACCAGUAUGAAGAGCUGGUGGAAGGAUUUAAGAAUUAUCAUAAGGAGUGUGAGCAGCUGAGGACUUCAGGCUUCUCCACAGCAGAAAUAAGAAGGGACAUAAGUGCCAUGGAGGAAGAGAAAGACCAGCUAAUCAAGCGUGUGGAGAGGCUGAAGAAGAGGGUGGAGUUGGUGUCCAGCCAUCAGCGGAUGCUGGAGCAAGCCAGGCAGCUGCGGGUGGAGAAGGAGAGGGAAGAGGCACUGACUCACCAGAAGCAAGAGCAGAAGAAUCAACUGUUUCAGGCUGAGCAGAGACUGCUGAGAUCGCAGCAGCAGUUGAAGGAUUUGCGACAGGCUGCAGCAGAUGCCAGUCCAGAGAGCUUAAUGAAAAGACUCGAAGAGGAGAUCAAGAUCAACUCCUACAUGGUCUCCGAGAAACUCCCCAAGGAGCUGGAGGGUAUGAGGCGUGCAGUGCAGUUCCUGCAGAAAGUGGCAUCAGAACCUGCAAUGGGCCAGGCUGAACUCGAGGAGCUGGAGGACAAGAUUAAGGAAGCUGAUUCUCAGAUAAACCAGCUGAUUGAGAAGAGGAUGAUGAGAUAUGACCCCAUGGAUGACAAACUCUCCCUUUACAGACAACAGGCCUCCAUCAUUGCUCGAAGGAAGGAGUCGAGGGCAGAGGAGUUUCAGGAAGCAAGGGAGGAGCUGGCUGCGGCAGAGAGGGAGCUGAGACAGAGGACGAACCAGGCACAAGGCGCGGACGGGGAAGAGGUCAUCCGUGGUGAUGAGCUGAAACGUUUGGUGGUGAAACUGCGCAGCAAGGGGACAAUGUACAAGAAGAAACGCCAGGAAAUCGCUGAGCUGAAAGCAGAAUAUGGAGUCCUGCAGCGAACAGAGGAGAUUCUCAAGCAGAGACAUGAGACCGUCCAGCAGAAACUGCAAACCGUGGAGGCUGAGAAGGGCAUCUCAGGCUACAGUGAUACUCAGGAAGAGCUGGAGAGGGUUUCUGCCAUCAAGAGCGAGCUAGACGAGAAGAAGGGCCGCACUCUGGAUGACAUGUCUGAAAUGGUGAAGAAGUUAAACUCCAUGAUAGCGGAGAAAAAGUCUGCUCUCGCACCAAUUAUUAAAGAACUGAGGUCGCUGAGGCAGCGGUGUCAGGAGCUAAGCCAAGAGCAUGAAGAAAAGAAGGCACAGUAUGAGAGCUGCGCUGCUGGUUUGGAGAGCAACAGAUCGAAACUGGAGCAGGAGGUGAAAGCAUCGAGAGAGGAGACAGCACAGAAGGAAAACCGAUACCAUUAUAUCAACGUCAUGUCAGAGAUCUUUGAGAUGCAAACACAGAGGGCAGCCGAAGAGAUGAAGGCCUACGUGUCCAAUGAUCCGCAAGAGAAGAAGAAAGCCAUCAGGGAAGUGUACAUGAAGAACAUUUCCAAACAGGAGUUACUCGGCAAGAAGCUGCGAGAGGAACAGAAAGUGGUGAGGGAGAGCCACAGCGCCAACAUGGAGCAGGUGAAGAUGUGGCAUGACCUAGAGCAGCUGAUGGAGUGCAAGAGGCAGUGCUUUAUAAAGGAAAAGAACCAGGAGUCUGUUGGUCAGAUCAUCCAGGGGGAAGGGGGGGACAGGCUGGUGCUGUGAGAACUUGACAGAGUUUCUGUCAUUGUUCUGUCGUGGGCUUUGUUUUGCUCAUCUCUCGCUUCUCUUAUACUCAGCUGUUGUUUUACUUCAGAGUUUAUCUCCUGCAAGAACCAGACCACUAACCUUAUAGCGCUGACAUGGUUUAAGAUGCUUCUGAAUCCACAACAUAAAGAACACGUGUAGCAGCACAGGGGUUUUCACUUUCUCUGGCCCACAGGAGACUCCUUUCAAUCAAAGUGUCCAAAGAUAACAGCAUACAAAGUGGUGCUCUUGGCAUGUGGCCACAGUCAACUAUUAUUGGCAGUGCCAACCAUGACCUUGAACAUGGAUUGAGAUUCCAGUUUUGGAAUUCACUGGGAGCUCCGUUGCAUUGAAAUGGUCAAAAUAUUCUGCUUGUUGAAUACUCUAAUAGAUCCUUAUUUCAAGAUAGCCACUGAUACUUUAAACAUGUAUAGUUACUCUGUAAAAUUCUAUUAAACAUAUUUCACAAUCACUUUGACUCG